UGAGUGAGGUUUUUGUAAAUUCUGAAGUUACGAUGGGUGUUUUUAUUAUAAUGAAAAGUAUAAGUGCCUCAGUUGCAUUCGACAAUUUCCAUUGUUUUUUGAAACCGUAAUUAAAAGCAAAAUAAAGGGCAAUUGUGUAAGAGGGCGAUUCCUAUUCAUUUAGAUUUAGAUCGGGUGUUUCCUCUGCUCUGGGGGUCUCAUAGUCUUGUUCGAGUCUUGGUAUUUUCGCUCGCUAUCUCCUUCUGUUCGUCUUCUCUUCUUCGAUUUGAAAAGAACCGAACAGAAAACCCUAGAUUUGGCGGGAAAAUGUCUGGCAAAGGAGCUAAAGGCUUGAUUACUGGUGGCAAAUCAGCCCUCAACAAUAAAGACAAGGACAAGGACAAGAAGAAGCCAGUCUCUCGCUCUUCUCGUGCUGGUCUCCAGUUCCCAGUGGGUCGGGUCCACCGACAGCUGAAGACAAGGGUUGCUGCAAAUGGAAGGGUUGGAGCGACAGCUGCUGUGUAUACAGCAGCUAUACUGGAGUACUUGACUGCAGAAGUGUUGGAGUUGGCUGGUAAUGCUAGCAAGGAUCUGAAAGUAAAACGUAUUACGCCUAGGCAUUUGCAGCUUGCCAUUCGUGGUGAUGAAGAACUCGACACUCUCAUUAAAGGAACUAUAGCCGGUGGAGGAGUUAUCCCGCACAUUCACAAAUCACUCAUUAACAAAUCCUCCAAGGAGUAGUUUAACACCCUUCUCUCUCCUUUGUUAUCUGUGCUAUGUCUAGAAAAAUGUCUAACUGUGUUGGAUGUCUACUGUAGGAGGCUGCUGCGUUUCCAAUUAUGCAUAUUAGAUCAUAUACAGAUAUACUUUUGAUUUGUUCUUCAGCAGACCUUGAUGAUGGCUUUCUUUUUGUUUGAAAUUAGAGGAAAAUAGACCAUUUGUUCCCCACAAA